UGAGGGUCGUCGUGUGUAACAGCAAUUUAUAGUCAUGUAAUCAAACAAUGGCAAUUACAUUUUGAGUUAACAAAAAUUUGUAGUUAUUAUUUGCGUGUUAAAGUUCUCUAAAAAAUGUUUGACAUUCAAAUAUAAAUCACGACCCCCCCCCUCUUUCUCUUUUAAGUUCGGCGCCGAACAACUCGGACCAUACCAAGUGUGACGGGAUAUUGUUGGUCAUGAAAUGAUGCAAUAAAUGUUCAACAUGCAUGCAUGUAGCCUACUACUUUGACUUUCUAAUGUUCUGGCGAAAUUACCCAGGUUAAGUGUAAAUAUUAAGCAUAUAUAAAGCACAUACGUGCCUUUUUUUUUUUUCAUAAAUAUCCGGUGCAGUAAGAAUUAAAUGACAUCUUCCAAGUAGCUCAGUGCACUAUAAAUAUUAGACCAAACGAGACUCGUAAUGGUAGUGCUUGCAUGAUAUUGAAGCCUACAACGAUCAUUAGUUAACUUGUGUUGCGGACGGUACCACCUUGUCAUUUGUUUACCCAGGUGCCAUAGCAACACCAUUGCUACCUCUCAUUGGCUGAAUCUUUGAGAACGCGGUAGACUCAAUCAAUAUAAGAUCGCAGCGAGACGAAGCUAUUCGUUUGUAUAUUUUAUUUACGUGACCAUAUUUUUGUUUUAUUUUUUAAAAAAAGAAUCAAAGAACCAGUUCUUCUUGUUUUGGGGAAUCAGUUCUUGUCGUUCACGUUUGGGAUUCGUUCGUUGUGAACGAAUCGGUCGCGACCGACACAUCCCUAGUGUCUACGCAAGAGAAUGUGGAGCUGAGCAGCCGCAGACCCUCUCUUCGACAAAACUCAGAAAGCAAGUGUCCACCUUGAGCAAGGGUGCUGAACCUUACAGACACCGAACUUGAUCAGUUGGCGGAGUUUUUAGGGCACGACAUAAGAAUCCACAGGCAGUAUUACCGCUUGCCAGAGGGGACUCUGCAAUUAGCCAAAAUAAGCAAAAUUCUGAUGGCAUGCGAGCAGGGAAAGUUGGCAGACUUCAAAGGGAAAACAUUGGAAGAGAUUACCAUAGAGCCCAGAGAAACUGUUCAGACAAUAACAGAAGAGUUGGAUGAUGACGAAGAGAGUCCGAAUGAAGAGUCCAUUGAGGCCAGUGGAUCCAGCUCCUCUGUGAGUCGUAUGACAAGUCAAGAAGAUUAUGACUCAUCGGUGCCACCGAGCCAAUUCAGUGCAGAUGUUUCAGAAUCAAGUUCACCUUCAGAACUUUUGCUGCAGCCUUCUGACUCAGACUCAUCAGGGCGACCCCAGCGCUGUUCCACCCCAAAACGAUCAUCAGCUUUUAAACCUUCAUCUUCAUCAUCAGACAGCAGAGUCUCACAAAGAUCAACCAGUUCAGCAGAAAAGAAGCCUAAAACAACUCAUUCAGACCCGGCACCAAGUUCCCAAAAAAAAAAAUGGAGUGACAAGGAAGUUGCUGCUGUGGAGUCGCAAAUGGGAAGGUUCAUCACAAAGGGUACAACCCACGGAAAGGAACAAUGUGAGGAGUGCAUCAGAAGGUGUCCUGAAGCGCUCAAGAACAGGGACUGGAGGGCAGUUAAGUACUAUGUCCGGAAUAGGAUUGUGUCUCUCACAAGGAAAACAUGA